AUGGCUACUUGUCACUUGGCCUUUCGGGAGUCUCUCGAAGGUCAGACAGUCACCAUUCCAAGUAUCUAUCAGCUAUUUCCGGAAUGGAAGCCCAAUUUGCACAAAGAUUACGAAAUGGCAAGAGAUAAUUUUCUGAAUCCUUGGAUAGAAAGAUGGGUGGAGGACAGACACAUAGCGCACAAGCUCAAGGAGGCCGAUUUUGGUAUAUUCGCCGCAGCUUGGGGUAGGAGUGCAUCAUUUGAAGUACUUUGCACGGCUGCUAAAUAUUUCGCUUGGUAUUUCUUAUAUGAUGAUAUCUUUGAUUGUGGUACUCUAAAGCACGAUAGACAUCUCGCUGGAGUUUACAGAGAAGCAAGCCUUCAGUAUUUCAAGUUCACUCUCAUUGACGAAGGAGAAGCGCCAGAUCUUUCGAUUUUCACCGCAGAACUACAAAAAGGCCUUCAAUGCUGGGAUGAGGUUGGUUUGCACAUUCGUAAUGUCUGUUCAAAGGAGACUCGUGAAAUUCUUUGUGACGAAAUGCUGCGAUACGUUGGAAGCCUGAACAAUGUGGAUAGCAUGUUUGAUGACUACCAUGUUCCAUCUCUCGAACACUACUGGGCCCGCCGUGAGGCCACGGCUGCUGUAUACUGUGUGAUCGCUACAAUACCAUUCAUCUAUGGAUUGGAUGUUACCAGAGAAGAUGUUCAGGAUCAAUCCAUGAGAGAUUUGUGGCGAGAUACUUCGUACUUUGUCCAUGUCACUCGCAGCACGAAUGACAUGUUUUCCAUGCGAAAAGAGAUCAUUGACGGCCAGAUUGAAAACUUGAUUCCUGUGUUGAUGCUUAAUCGCGGGAUUGACUGCAAUACCGCGAUGCAGCAAAGCUAUGCAGUUGCUGGCAAUCAUGCAAGAGCCAUAAUAGAUGCAGAAUCACUCCAGGUUUGCAAAUCAAAGGCUGUUUCACAGGCAUUUAUUCAAAGUUGUCAGGAUGUUGCGAUGGGACUUGCUCAUUGGAGGUAA